UCUGUUCUCACAAAACCGAGGAAGCUGAUCGGACUCAUUGCUCCGACCCUCUGAAGCAUCCAUGGCGAAGAAAACCGUCGUGAAGGUGAGCAUUACAGGCGAGAAGGAGAAAAGGGACGUACUGAAAGCCGUCGCCAAACUCGAAGGUAUCAAUGAACUGUCGAUGGACGUCGCGAAGGGGACGCUGACCGUGAUAGGCGAUGCCGACCCGGUGUGCAUCAUCACGUGCCUGAGAAAGAAGUGCGGGAGGUGCGCGGAAAUUCAAACAGUUGGGCCACCGAAGCCGGAAAAGCCUAAGCCUAAAUGCCCGUCCCCGUGCCGGCUCCCGCCGUGCCGCCCCUACCCUUAUUCCAGCUGUUGCGAAUACGAGGCCAACGCUUGCUCCAUCCUUUGACGAAUGCUCUUUAUGCGCCUCUUGUUUGGUCCCAGAUUUGGGAUUAAUGCCGCGAGAUUGGGUGUUCCUU